UACACCCUGAAUAAUUUGGCGGGAAAUUAUGCCUGCAUAUGGUGAAGUUGUUUUCAUUGAAGAAAUAGGGAAGAGUCGGGAUGUUGAGGGAAAAUCAGUAAGAUUGUGUGGAAGACUGGAUUAUCAUAACUUCGCCGAAUGUCGGGCAACUCUGACAGACCCACAGACGUGUACAAGUGUCGCCCUAGACACUUCUCUUGUGGAACCCUUUGAUUCCCAUCUUAGUGCAUUAUUCCAAGUCAUUGGAGAACUUGAAUACAGUGAGAAAGACGGCGCAGUUGUGUUGCGAACCCGAGUGAUUCGUUUAGUGGAUGGAAUGGACUUUAUUUUAUACCGAAAUGUGAUAACUACACAGAGGGAAUAUAUGAACUCUCGUUGACAUUUCAGUGAAUUUACUUUAAAUUUGUGGAGUUGAGAGAUUUCUACCAAGUUCCUUAUGAUAUAACAUGUUUUCUUGUCUGCAUUAAAAUUUUGAUAA